GCUGUGCAAAAGGAAGAAAACUUUGUCACCCAGCUGGAGACGUCCGCCACGCGUAACCCGGAGAGAGACCAGAACCAGGACGGCCUGUGGCUGUGAUUUGGCAUCUGAUGGGCCCGUAGGAGGAAGAGGAAACGAGCCCAGCGCUCGCGCCGACCGCCAUCCCUCCCAGGUGGCGGCGGCGGGCGGCGGCGCGAGGUACCUGCUCCACCCUCCCUCCCCGUGCCGGUCCCCACGCGGUGUCUUCAGGGGGCAGGACAGCAGGGACGAGCGCGCGGCUCGAGGCCGACGGCAGGGGCCGGGCUAGGAAGGAGAGGACCGUAUUCCAGGAACGAGUCACCCGGAAUUAACUUCUGGUUAAAGUUAUGGGAAGCGCGGCCAUGGACACCAAGAAGAAGAAAGAUGUUUCCAGCCCGGGCGGGAGCGGCGGCAAGAAAAACCCCAGCCAGAAGCGGCGAUCGCUGCGGGUGCUUAUUCCGGACCUGAGCUCUUUUGCCAUGCCACACCUGGAUGGAGACCUGGAGAGUUCAGAAAAGCACUCUUCUCAUAAGGUGGACAGCCCCUUCGGCUCCGGCAGCCCCUCCAAAGGCUUCUUCUCCAGAGGCCCCCCGCGCCGGACGUCCAGCCCCGUGUCUGCUCCCGUGAGGCCCAAGACCAGCCCCAGCUCCCCCAAAACCGUGUUCCCGUUCUCCUACCAGGAGUCCCCGCCGCGCUCCCCGCGGCGCAUGAGCUUCAGCGGGAUCUUCCGCUCCUCGUCCAAAGAGUCGUCCCCCACGUCCAGCUCGUCUACCUCGCCCGGGGGCAUCCGGUUCUUCUCCCGCUCCAGAAAAACUUCCGGCCUCUCCUCCUCGCCAUCGACGCCCACCCAAGUGGCCAAGCAGCACUCCUUCCCCCUCGAGUCCUAUAAGCAGGAGCCUGAGCGACUGGAAAACCGCAUCUAUGCCUCGUCCUCCCCUGCGGACACGGGCCAGAGGUUCUGCCCGGCCUCCCACAGCCCGGCCCGGCCUCCGGCAGCGUCCCCCGCUCACUACGCUCCCUCCAGAACCGCGGCGCUGGCGGCCCCGGGACCCGUGGAAGCCGGCAUGCUGGAGAAAUUCGAGUUGGAAGAAGAAGCAGAAGACUCGGAAAGUGGCGUUUACAUGCGAUUCAUGAGGUCACACAAGUGUUACGACAUCGUCCCAACCAGUUCAAAGCUCGUUGUCUUUGAUACUACAUUACAAGUUAAAAAGGCCUUCUUUGCCUUAGUAGCCAAUGGUGUUCGAGCAGCGCCACUGUGGGAAAGUAAGAAACAAAGUUUUGUAGGAAUGCUAACAAUUACAGAUUUCAUAAAUAUACUACAUAGAUAUUAUAAAUCACCCAUGGUACAGAUUUAUGAAUUAGAGGAACAUAAGAUUGAAACAUGGAGGGAGCUUUAUUUACAAGAAACAUUUAAGCCGUUAGUGAAUAUACCUCCAGAUGCAAGCCUCUUCGAUGCUGUAAACUCGUUGAUCAAAAAUAAAAUCCACAGAUUGCCAGUUAUUGACCCUAUCAGUGGGAAUGCACUUUAUAUACUUACCCACAAAAGAAUCCUCAAGUUCCUCCAGCUUUUUAUGUCCGAUAUGCCAAAGCCCGCCUUCAUGAAGCAGAACCUGGACGCGCUGGGAAUCGGGACUUACCACAACAUCGCCUUCAUCCACCCCGACACGCCCAUCAUUAAAGCCCUGAACGUCUUCGUGGAGAGACGAGUGUCCGCCUUACCUGUUGUGGACGAAUCAGGGAAAGUCGUAGAUAUUUAUUCCAAAUUUGAUGUAAUUAACCUUGCUGCUGAAAAAACAUACAAUAACCUAGAUAUCACCGUGACCCAGGCACUUCAGCACCGUUCCCAGUACUUUGAGGGCGUGGUCAAGUGCAGUAAGCUGGAAAUAUUGGAGACCAUUGUGGAUAGAAUAGUAAGAGCGGAGGUCCAUCGGCUGGUGGUGGUGAAUGAAGCAGAUAGUAUUGUGGGUAUUAUUUCCCUGUCAGAUAUUCUGCAAGCCCUCAUCCUCACCCCACCAGGUGUCAAACAAAAGGAGCCGAAAACUGAAUGACUUUUGUGAAUGGAGCCCUUGUCGGACUUGAACUAAGAUUCCGGGUCACGCUUUGCCUCAUGAACACUGAUGCCAUGGAAGGGAGGAGAAUGGCCAAGAAUGUAUAUCAGGGUUUAGUGAUGGGUAUCUUUUCCAGUGAUGUUGAAACUAAGCAUAAAAAAAGAGGACUCUAUGUUUUUGAAGGUCAGGCUUGCAUUAAAAGGCUAUUUUCAGACCUCUGUCUGAAAGAUUUCAAGUGCUGUAUGUCAUUAAAGUGCACUGUGUCCUGAAA